CCUGAUGCACAUAUUCGCAUGGACUGUCAGAUGAAUGCUGUUUCCUCAGAGAAAUCAUUGUGCGGGAACAAAAUAUUGGAUCCAAUUUCAGAGUAUAAUAGUGAUACAAUGAGAAGUUUGAGUCAUGGAACUGGAACUACCCAGUAUCCUAUUUCUUGCCCCUGUCCAAGCCCAAGCCGAGUACCUGCUGCAAAUAUAGUAGCAACACUGGAGAAAGCAUCAAGGAACUGGAAAAAUUUGGAGCCAGUCGCCAGAUAUGGUACUGCUUUGACAACAAAGCAAUCAUGGCCACUGUCAGGCCCCACAAACCCCUGAACUAACCAGGAAAUACCAAUGAAAUCAGAGACAUCAUCUUCAAUGACUAUGUCGACCUUGAGGACAACAUCAUGUAUGAAAUAAUACGAUGCAAAGAUCAGCGAUUCACAUACCUCUGUCGACCAAGGUAGCACUGGUAGCACCUGUAGUGACAGCUUAGACAGUUCCACCACAGCAUCCAUCAAGCGACACAUUGGAAGUGAUAAGGCAAUUUGGACAGUUAUUCGAAAGACCCCUCUUGGCCUAAACCAUUUCAAGAUCCUCAAGCACCUUGGUUAUGGAGACAUUGGCAGUGUUUAUCUUGUCCAUCUCAAGGACACUAGCACCUUUUUUGCAAUGAAGAUGACGAACAAGGCAUCACUUGUUAGUAUGAAUAAGCUAAUCCGGGCACAAACUGAAAGGAAAAUUCUCUGCCUCCUUGAUAACCCUUUUCUGCCAACUUUAUAUUCUCAAUUUGAAACAGACAAGUUUUAUUGCUUAGUUAUGGGGUACUGUAGCAGUGGCAGUCUGCACUCUCUGCAGCAGAAGCAGCCUAACAAGUAUUUUAGUGAGCAAGCUGCAUGGUUUUUUGCUUCUGAAUGUUGGUUGCACGAGCACUUGCGCAUGCUUGGUGUUAUAUAUAGGGACCUGAAACCAGAAAAUGUGCUUGUUCAAGAAGAGGGUCAUAUUAUGCUAUCUGACUUUGACCUGUCGCUGCAGUGCUUCAUCAACCCAACCCUUGUCAAGUACUCCUCAACCCAUGCUGACAUCAGCGAAAGCAUGCUUGAUAGCGAGCAUGCAGUGCAGAGCUUUAUCCAACCAACUACAUUCUUUCCCUGCAUACUUCCUAAGAGGAACAGGAAAUCCAAAUCAGACUUUGGCCUUGGCAAAGGGGCCCUCCCAGAACUAAUGGCGGAGCCAACGAAUGCACGCUCAAUGUCAUUCAUUGGGACUCAUUAGUAUCUGGCCCCUGAGAUCAUCCGAGAAGAGGCCCAGGGGAGUGCAGUUGACUGGUGGAUGUUUGGCAUCUUUCAAUAUGAGCUAAUGCAUGGGACGAUCCCUUUCAAGAGGUCGGGAAAUCGAGAUACACUUUUUAAUAUGGUAGGCCAGCCACUGAAAUAGGUGCCAGUCGUGAGUUCAGCUGCCCGAGACCCUCAUUGGCAGCCUUCUGGUGAAGGACCACAGAAAAGGAUUGCAUGCUGAAGAGGUGCUACAGAGAUUAAGCAACAUCCAUUUUUUGAGGGGGUGAACUGGGCGUUGGUGAGGAGCUGCACACCACCUCAUAUACCUGAACCAGUAGACUUCGCACGAUUUGCUCACAAGGAAGUUCUUAAUGUUGGGAACAAGGCUGCUGAAAAUGGCAUUAAUGGCAAUGGCAUGAGUAAGGGCAAUACAAAUGAUUCUCCUCAUCUUGAUUUUGAGUAUUUUUGCCCAAAUAUUUUGACUAGUUCUAGUUAA